GCCCUUACUGUGAGGUCAUCAGCAUGCGCCAAAACCGGUAAGCGCUGUGAGAAUGGUUGUGUCUGUAUUACAAACGUAGCUAUUAAAAGAGCGUUUAAAGAAUGAAGUCGGCGAAAGAAAAGAAAAGAAAGCACUCUCGCCGAGAGUCGGCUGAUGGAGACAGAAAAAGGAGAAGCACUGAAUCCAGUGUGGAGGAUCCAAAGGAAGAGGUGAAUCAUGUGCAGGCAGUAAAGGAAGAGCCGAGCGACAUCGAGGAAGGUGGCCUGGAUCUCACUGUGCCUUUCAAACCCAUCAGUGCUUAUGUGAGCGACAGGCAGGAGAUGCUGGAGCAGUGCUUCCACGUCCUCGGCCAAAACAAGCUGAAAAAGAUGCUGCCAGACGAGCUGAAGGACUGCACGUUUACGGAGAUCAAGACACUCUGCUGGGAUCAACUGCAGCAGCUGUCCGAGAACAAUCUGCUCCAGAUACUGGAGGGUAAAGAGGUGACUGCUAACUCAGAAGCCGAAGAGAAAGAGACUAAAAGGACUCCAGUGGACAGUCAGCAGGACAACAAUGUGGACUCCACAUCAUCUGUGAAAGAGACUGCUGAAGGAGAAGACAAGCAAGGUUUAUCCGGAGAGGAGAGCGAUGUUCUGAGUAUUAACGCUGACAUGAAUGACAGUGACAUCGAGGGCCACAAGGACCCCAAACCCCAAGAAGAGGAAGUCCCUGCUCCCACGGUGACGCCCCCGUCGUCCUCCGCCCCGCCUCCUGAACCGGACCUCCAAUCAGACGAGCCGAAGCUGGAGCUUCAGCGCGACAUUGACAGGAGCGUCAGUGAGAUCCUUGCUUUGACCAAUCCCAGCACUGACAAGGCAGAGCUUAAGCUACAUUUGCAGCCGAUUGCUAUGGAAGUGGCUCCUGCAUCACUUCCUGUUCCUGCUGCAGCACCGUCAGCACAGCAGCUGGCACUUCUGGAGUUAGAGAUGAGAGCGAGAGCUAUCAAAGCUCUAAUGAAGGCCAACGAGGUGAAGAAAUAAACUCUGCUGGCUCGAGUCAAUUCUGAGGCCAUAUUGGCUUCUGGAAUUUUGUUCAAGGAACAUAUGCAGCCAUAUUGGCUUCUUGUGAUUUUGUUUUUGUUUUUAGUACCUGAACGUGCCAGUAGGAUGGACACAGUUUGAAUUUAGAGAUCGAACAUUUUCAGUUGAGUGAACUGGCUAGCACCAUGGCCCAUUUCAAAUAAAUGACCUUACUGUUGAUUUAAAA